AUGGAGAUCUUCAACAUCGUGAUGCAAGCUGAUGCCACCGCUUAUACCAUAUGGACAAGCAUUGAGAACUUAAUCUGUGAUAAUAAAAAGAGUCGCGUUAUCUUUCUCAAGGCAGAGUUUCGCAAUCUCGUCCAGGGUGACAUGUCCAUCACGGACUAUUGCGGCAAGCUCAAGACACUCGCUGAUGCUCUUGGUGAUGUUGACCAACCCAUCUCAGACGAGAUGCUUGUUCUCACCACACUCCAUGGACUGAACAAGAACUAUACUACCAUGGCCACCUUAUUGCCCAUGCAAACGCCAUUUCCUUCCUUUAUUCAGGCAUGCUCCCUACUUUUGCUUGAAGAAACCUGUCUUGCUAAUGUUGCCAAGAAGACCGCAGCCACUUUCCUUAUGUCUGCGCCAUCCUCCAUCAGCUACAAUUCCAACGAUGGCUGUAAACGUGGUGGCUGUGGUAAUAACAGCGGACGCAGCGGCGGGGGUGGAUGUGGCGACUGUAGUGUCUAUCGCUGCGGUCGUAAUUGGAGCGGUGAACGUGGCAUGAGUCGUGGCUCCAGCGCUUAA